AUGACCGCAAGGGCCCUGAAGCCAAUGGUAGAGAAAAAAAGAAGAGACAGGAUAAACCAGAGCUUGGAUGAGCUGAGAACAUUGCUGCUGAGCAACACGCUGGACACGAGGCUGCAGAACCCAAAGCUGGAGAAAGCUGAGAUCCUGGAGCUCACUGUGGAGUACAUCAGGAAAAGAACAAAGAGAGGAGAUGCAGUGACGCACGCUCAGCCCAGCCUUAGUGGACCGCUAGCUCAGAGCUCUCAGCAGAAACCCCCUGUGGAGCCCAGUUCUGAGCAGGCACUCCCAGUUCCCAACCCCCUCUACAUGGCAGGGUUCCAGCAGUGUGUCUCCCGCCUUGCUAGCUUCAUGGACUGCGUCAACCCGUCCAAGAGGGAUAGCUUUCUCCAGGGCCUGAAGCACUACCUGGAGCCCCAGAGCCCCCACACCCUAGAGGACACACAGCAGCUAUUCCCCACCGCAGAGGUGGCGUUUUACCGGGACAGUGUGCAGAGUGGAGGCCAAAGCUCUGCACUGGGACAUCCUGGCCACAGCAGACCAGACUCCAUCUCAUACACUCACACCCCCCUCUCUCUGUACCAAAAAUCUGUGGUGCUGCACCACCCCCCCACCAGCCAGUCCCUCACACAUCCCUACCUUUCACCGCCUUAUUCUCUUUCUCCGCCCCCCUCUCCCUCUUACACCAGCUCCUCCCUUCCCCUCAGCACCCCUCCUCCAUACCUCUCUGUCCCCUGCCACUUCCCCUUCCCUCCCAACAUCUCCCCUCUCUCAUGUGAUUCGUCCUCCUCUGUGCCCUGUACCUCCCCUCAGCCAACACCGGCCCCCCCCAGCCAAUGUCCCUCAGUCCCUUUCCUCGGAGCCCCGCCCCUUCCUUCAACUAGCCCACCCACCCCUCAUCGCCCCUCAGCCCCUGCAGUAUUCUCUCCCGCCAAGAGAGGGCAGAGGGGAGCUCUGAGGCGAUCAUUAUUUCAUUCCCCAACCCAGCCAAUCUGGAGGCCUUGGUCUUGA